UUAAAACCAAUAACAGCUUAUUCAGAUUCUGGACAUGUAGUAUAAAAAGCCAUGAAUUAAAAAACAUCGUCAGUUCGUCUCCAAACCUACAACCGGCUUGCAAAAUGAAAUUCCUCGUAGUCCUCGCCGUUGCCGUAGCCUGCGCUAGCGCAGAUGUCUCUCACAUCGUCAAAGAUGAGGCUUCUGCCCCGGUCUUGAAGUCCAGCUACGACAUCUCACCUGAGGGUAACUUCCAGUACCUCUAUGAAACCGGCAACGGAAUCGUCGCCCAAGCCGACGGCUCCGUCAAGAACGUUAACUCUGAGUACCCCGCUGUCGGAAUUGUUGGUGGAUACAAAUACACCGCCCCUGACGGUCAGGUCAUCGACGUUGUCUACAAGGCCGACGAGAACGGAUACCAGCCCCAGGGUAGCCACCUCCCCGUCGCUCCCCCCACCCCUGAGCCAAUCCUCCGCGCUCUCGCCUGGAUCGCCGCUCACCCACCCGCAGUCGAGAAGGUCGCUCCUGCCCGUUUCGCCUGAACAACCACGAUAUCCAACCAACACAACACUGCCAUAAUGUAGAUAAUAAAUUGUUAAAUAUUUA